CCGGACUCGAGCUCAGCUCAUUGGCCUCUUUUGAGGAAUACCCGCCGCCGAAAGAGAGGAAUAAAUAUCUGGAAUGAAUCCGUGAGGCAAGGAACACGCUCAACUUGUUCAGGCUGGAAAGAGGCGACAACAAUUUGCAGACGACGGACGCAGCCAGGAUGGCCUGGGUGGUGUUGGCAGCAUCCUUCCACGUCCUCCUGAGUCCUGCAGGGACGCAUCACUCCAUCUUGGCAGCAACGCACUCAGUCCUGCAGCUGCCGGUUGAGCCCAGCAAGUCCGACGCCUGCUGUCUGACGUCGCCGCCUCCUCCUCCUCUUCCACCGCCGCCUCACAGCCGGAAGCAGGGCGACCCUGACGGCAGCAGCGGCACCUUCGCCCCGCCAGCAGUGUUUCGAGGACAAGAGCAGCAAAAUGAACAUCCUGUGGUACCAGGCUGCUCACCGGGGCCCCCGGGACCCCGUGGCCCCGAGGGUGAUGCUGGAUUACCCGGUAUAAGAGGAGCCAAAGGCGAAAAGGGAGACAUUGGACGCCCGGGGUCAAAGGGUCGUACUGGAGCACUAGGCCUUCCAGGGAAACAAGGACUUCCAGGGUGGCCUGGCCCGGACGGACCCAAGGGUGAAAAAGGAGAGCUAGGACUCAUGGGAUUACCAGGACUGAAGGGACCACCGGGGAUGAAGGGCAUGCCUGGUUACAGAGGAGAGAAAGGGGGCGCAGGAAGUCCAGGAACACCAGGAUUAAAAGGUGAUAAAGGUUCUAUUGGUCUGCCUGGGAUGCUGGGUCAGAAGGGAGAACAAGGACCAAAGGGGGAGCCAGGGGUCCCAGGCAGGCGGGGCCCUACAGGACGACCUGGGAAAAGAGGCAAACAGGGAGUCAGGGGACACACUGGACCCUCCGGACUCCUGGGCCCGCCAGGGUUGCCAGGCCCAAACGGGCCCCCGGGCCCACCUGGUCCACCAGCCGCUGGUGUCUACCUGGCAGGGGAAAAGGGCGAGAAGGGUCUCCCGGGCCCCCCUGCUGCUUGCGAGUGCGACACCUUGGUGGGAGCCAACAGUGCUCCUCUGGGGAGCGACAGGCACGAGGAGAGCCUGGAGAAAGUCCCCGCAAUAUUUGUGGUGAGCAACAAGGAGGAACUGGAGCGCCUCCAUCUGGACCACGCAAUAGCAUUCAGGAAGGAUCAGAAGGUGCUCUUCUUCAGAGACAAAGAUGGAUGGAAGCCCAUACAGCCCUUCCAGCAGUUCCAGUCUACAGAGAAAGUUCCAGACGACGUGGGAGCGUGCGGAGACGGGAAGGUGCAGGCCCAGCACGGAGAGGAGUGCGACGAUGGAAACCACCUUGUCUCCGAUUCCUGUCUGAACUGCAGAUGGGCGUACUGUGGGGAUGGUUACCGCCAUGAAGGCAUGGAGGAGUGUGACGGGAAAGACUUUGGCUAUCAGACAUGCAAAUCUUAUCUUCCAGGGUCCUUUGGUCAGCUGACCUGCACCGAGUCCUGCCUCAUCGACUCCACCGGCUGCAAGUUCUUCACCUGAGCUCGUCGUCUUCCGUGAAACUUGUCUUUUACUCGCUCACGGGGGGACUCCUCCCCGCAAAAAAAGUGACUUGACGGACCGGGAGCAGGAAGACGAGUCUUCUCCAACCUGCUCUGUGCUGCCAGGCGAAGCGCAGGGGUUCAGUUUUUGGAUCAUUAUUUGGCUGGCCUCAGGGAUCGGCUCCUUGCAGAGCAAAGGAUUGUGGGAAAACACUGUUCUCGCAGAUAUAGGCCGACUCCUUUUUUAACCACUGAGGGUACUGACACUGGAUGUUUGGAAUCUUCCACAAAGCGUUUAUUGACAAAGUGUAAUGCGCAUGAGUGCAUGCAAGUGUGUGCAUUUAAUCACCUUUCAGAAGAAAUGUUUGCAACUAAAACGUAGCAUGACAAAACACGACCACUGCACAUCAAUAAAGUUGCUCUCCAUUACCUGCACGCAGCACAAUUGUCGGCGUCAAUACGAUACCAAUCAAAUACAGGUUAGC